ACAAUUAAUCCCAUCCCAUCCCCACGCUAUUUCUUCCCGUCCUUUCCAUCCAUCAAUCUACUACUUCUAAGUCUAGACGCCAUCCUACGCAUCCAUCACGAAUCCAUCUACUACAACUCACUAACCGAUCGACAAUCAAUUAAAUCAAAUCUACCAACAAUGAUCCUCAGACGAGCUUCCACUCUCAGUCGUCCUCUCGUCCUUCGUCCGGCCUAUUCCGCCCGCGUGUGCUACUACCAUCCGCCUGAUGUACAUAGCACCAAGGGAGAGGAGUUCUUCAUCCCCCCUUCCUACCCAGACAACUUGGAGGAUACUCCCAGUCUCGUCAAAAAGCCAGAAAAGGACAUGGGCCACUGGGAGGAGAUCCAUGCUACCUCUAGUGAGGCCUCGGUCAAAGCCGACCGUGGCGAUAUCAAUAUCCAGCAGCAGCGGACGACUACUCGGGAUCUAGAUAAGGAUCUAGGGGAGGAAGAGCCGCCGAAGCUGGAUGAGAUGUGAUAUCAGGGAGUUGGUCAUAAUGU